AUGUCUACUAAGAAAAGAAAAGUGGACGCCGAGUGUCGCAUUUACAAUGAAGAAUGGGGAGUAAAGUACUUCUUUGUGGAAACAAAGGACCAGAAAGCUAGUUGCGUAAUAUGCAGCGAAAGUGUUGCCGUUUUGAAAGAAUACAAUCUUCGGCGUCACUAUGAAACAAAACAUCUAUCAACAUAUUCAAAGUUUUCUGGAACUGAGAAAUAUGAGUCCAUGAAACGUGGUUUAGAAACUCAAAGAAAUCUCUUCACGAGAAAGUUUGCUGAAAAUGAAUCUGUCACUCGUACAAGUUACAAAAUAGUGCUUAAGAUGACAGAACGAGGAAAACCGUUUACUGAUGGCAACUUCAUCAAAGAGUGUAUGAUGGAAGCAGCAAAUGACUUGUGUCCUGAGAAAGCCGAUUUGUUUGGAAGUAUCAGCCUUUCGGCAAGUUCAGUUGUGCGGAGAACAGAAGAACUUGGAGAGAACAUAGUGCUACAGAUAAGCGAGAAAGCUAAGAACUUGUUGUGGUAUUCUCUGGCGCUGGAUGAGUCUACUGAUCUCUCGAGUACGUCACAACUUCUCGUGUUCAUUCGUGGUGUCAAUUUGGACUUUCAGAUAACGGAAGAGUUGGCAUCCGUUUGCAGCAUGCAUGGAACAACAACUGGAAAAGACAUUUUCAUGGAAGUGCAAAAAACUUUGCAAAACUAUAACCUUCAGUGGAAUCAGCUUCGAGGUGUUACAGUUGAUGGAGGAAAAAACAUGGCUGGAGUGAGGAAGGGUCUGGUGGGGCAGAUCAGGACUCAGUUGGAAGAUUUGCAAAUUCCGGGCGCUCUGUUCAUACACUGCAUCAUACAUCAGCAAGCACUCUGUGGGAAAGACUUAGAUAUUUCUUGUGUCCUGAAACCAGUCGUUUCUGCUGUGAACUUCAUUCGGGGACAUGCACUCAAUCACCGUCAGUUCCAGGCUUUUCUUGAAGAAAUUGAUUCUGAUUUCUGUGACUUGCCUUAUCACACAGCAGUGAGGUGGCUCAGCUGCGGUAAAGUCCUGUUUCGUUUUUACAAGCUCCGAAACGAAAUAGAUGUUUUUCUCACUGAAAAAGAUAGAGCUGAUCCACAGCUGUCAGAUCCUACCUGGCUGUCAAAGUUGUCAUUUUUGGUCGACAUCACAUCCCACAUGAAUGAACUGAACUUGAAACUUCAGGGAAAGGAUAACCUCGUCUGUGAUCUUUACAGAAUCAUCAAAGGAUUUCGGAGAAAGCUGUCAUUGUUUGUAGCACAACUGGAAGGAGAAAACUUCUCUCAUUUUCACUGUUUCAAAGAGUUUUGCGCUACAAUCGCUGAAGAUGUCAACCUCGAUUUUCCGAAAAAGAUUAUUCGUGACUUGAAGAAGCAUUUUUUGAAGAGAUUUUCAGAUCUUGACAGAAUUGAGAGUGACAUUCUUCAGUUCCAGAAUCCGUUUGAUUGUAACCUUGAUGAUGUGCCAGUUGAACUACAGUUGGAGCUCAUUGAUUUGCAAGCAAAUGACUUGUUGAAAGAGAAGCACAGAGAAGGAAAACUUGUUGAAUUUUACCGCUGCUUACCUGAUGUUGAGUUUCCGAAACUGAAGAAAUUUGCCGCUGGUAUGGCAUCACUGUUUGGAACAACUUAUGUCUGUGAGCAAACAUUUUCAAAAAUGAAGUAUGUGAAGUCAACACAUCGAACGAGAUUGACUGAUGAACAUUUGAAAGCAAUUCUCUUGAUUGGAUGCAGCAAUUCCAAACCAAACAUUGAUGAUAUCUUGAAAGCCAUACGUCAGUUUCACAAAUCUCACUAA